AUGGCUGAGGAACAAUCCUAUUAUGAGGAGAAGAUCUCCAAGGAUAUUCUGGCCAAAGAAAUCGACUUGGUGGACCGAGAUCCCAAGAAGAUCAACCAGGACGUGGUGAAGGUAGAUUUUGAAGACGUCAUCGCAGAGCCGUACGGCGUUCACAGCUUUGAUGGCGUCUGGAAGGCCAGCUACACCACGUUCACCGUCACCAAGUACUGGUUUUACCGGCUGCUCUCGGCUGUGAUCGGCAUCCCCCUGUCCAUCCUCUGGGGGGUCCUCUUCGCCCUGAUCUCAUUCUGCCACAUCUGGACGGUGGUGCCCUGCGUCAAGAGCUACCUGAUCGAGAUCCAGUGCGUCGGCAGGACGUUCUCCCUCUGCGUCCACACCUUCUGCGACCCGCUGUUCGAAGCCUUGGGAAGGGCCUUCAGCGCCAUCAAAGUCACGAUGCAGAAACAGGUUUGA